AUGCAUCACUCAUUCUCUCAUCCCAACCGUUCUCUUCUUCUUGGAGUAGUAUUACUCAUCUCCACGUGUACACUUUUACUGCUUCAACACACUCCAUAUUCACUGGUCCAUGCCCAAGUGGCAGCCAAUGUCGCUGCCUCAGCUGGUGCAGCUGGAGGAGGAGUCCAAGCUGGUCAAAUGGCAGCAGGAGCCACCCUCGACAAAUUCACCUCAGAUACCUUACUCUACAAGGAUAAAAUUCAAGCAUUGAUGUUUGUUCCAUUUAGUGCUUAUUCGAAUGCCUAUGGUCCUUAUGGUACCUCUCAACGAGUGUAUGGAGGAAGUCCCUAUGCUCCCAUGGGUGCCUAUUAUAAUACGUAUGGAUAUCCAAGUGCUGUGGGUGCCUAUGGAGGAGGAGGAGGAGCCUAUGGCGCUCCAUAUGGUGUCCAAAAUUAUUAUGGUUAUUCACCUUAUUAUUAUGGUGGUAAUUAUUAUGCAGCGAAACCUUACUAA